GCAUAUCACCGUGGUUCGGGUGGACGUGGCCCAAGCAAAAGCUGCUAAACUCUAAAAAUCAGGGGCAAAACCGUACACUCAACAGUUACCGCAACUCAUUUCUGUGCAUAAUAGCUCUGAUAUUAGAAGGAUCAUCAAACAAUGGCGUGCAGGAGUGUGUUCAGAACAGUAUUCUUAAAGGAACCCUGUAUUCCGACCUCUUUUCCCGUUGUAUUGUUUUCUAUCCACAAAUCCUUCUCCAUACCCGUUUUGUGCUGUGGCUGUAAACUCAUUUACGCCCGAACUUAUCGCUUCCCGCGAAGAAGUCAGCUUCUCAAUUGCUCCAAUAACGAAAACCCAUCUUCCUCUCAAGAUGAUCUCGAACAAGGUCCUCCUCAAGAAGUUAUCCUUAAGGCCAUUUCAGUGUCCAAGACAGAAGGGCGAGUUGGACAAACUACUAAUGUUGUCAUUGGGGGCACAGUGCAUAAUGAUUCAACUAAUGAGUGGCUUGCUCUUGAUAAGAAGGUGAAUUCUUACCCCACUGAAAGAGGCUUUACAGCUAUUGGUACUGGAGGUGAUGAUUUUGUGCAUUCUAUGGUUGUUGCUGUAGAGUCAGUGAUACAACAGCCUGUUCCCGAGGGCCAGGUGAGGCAGAAGCUAUCUUCAGGGGGAAAAUAUGUAUCAGUAAAUAUCGGACCCAUUCAAGUUGUUUCUAGUGAGCAGGUUCAAGCUGUAUACAAGGCCAUGAAGAGAGAUGUCAGGAUGAAAUACUUUCUGUAAACUACUUUUUUGUAUAGAAUGGAAGAGAGUAUAUCGUUCAUACUGUAAUUUAACUUUCCUUUUCUUAUAUAUCCAUUAAACUAAACAUUCUUUUAGUUAAUCAUUCAACACGUCUAUCCUUAAAUGAA